AUGGUAAGACUGAAUCCUUGUCUUGUAAUCAUUGCCUUACUGUUGGUAUCUCAUAGCGCUAGUAUCAUUUGCCAAAAUGAUGAUGACGAUGAUAGCAAGGAAAGAAAAUUAUACUGCUUACCUGAAGUCUUUGAAUUUUUCAUUAAUAAUUGCCCGACAUCAAGGCGGAAACGAUUUAUUAUAGAUUCCAAAUCCUCAACCAGUACUCACAAACAACAUGAUGUUUUGAUGCGAACACUUCGAGACGCGAACCAUGAUUGUUGUAAUCCUCCUGGUUGUACCCGAGAUGAAAUUUUAGCUUAUUGCUAA